CCCACCACGCUUCCAGCUCCUCGCCCUAGCUCCGCCUCUCCCCGGCUGCCUGAAUGUUAUAAUGGGCUGGUCUGAACGUGGUGGGGAGAGAGCGAGCCACGGCAGGAGAGAUAAUGACAGUCAUCCUAAUAAGCGUGACAGCCCGGCGAGAAGCCUGCUGAGAGCCCCCGGGCGCCGGGGAAGCAGCAGCAGGUCGGAGCACGGCAGCGGGGGCCAGCCCGCGGGGUUCAUGGCUCGGGGCACCCGCGCGCAGGGACCUUAGGAGCGUCUCCAGCAGAAGGACAAACUUGGAGGAGCCGGCGGCUCAGGACCCCGGCCCAAGCGCACUGAGUGACUCGAUUAUUGCUACUUCUCCUCCUCCCUCCUGUGCCCCCCUCACCGCAGCCCGGGGACAGCCACAGCACAGUGGGGUGGGGAAGGGAAUCGGGGCGUCCCUCUGAACAGAGGGGGGAGAGAAGGAAGACCCCUACUCUUCUCCCUUAUACUCCAAGUGGACCCGCUCCCCACCCCCAAAAAGGAGUAUAAGGCCGAGGGGGGCAGAGUGAAGCCCCUGUGCAGCUGCCCAGGAGCAGGGGCAGGGAGGCAGCCCCGCUCCCCCGGGGCCGCGCCAUGAAGCUGGCGGGGGGGCUGUCGGUCCAGGACGAGGAGCAGGAAGGCGGCGGCAGCAUCGCGCCGUCCCCGCUGGCGGCCGAGAGCGAGCUGGGCUCGGACGGCGACUGCGCGGCGCACAGCCCGGGCGGGCAGGCGGCGGCGGCGGCUGCUGCGCCAGCUGUUGGAACGCAGCGGCGCCAGCUGCAGGCGGCGGCGGAGGGCGGCAAGGGCAAGGCGUACACUCGGCGGCCCAAGCCGCCCUACUCCUACAUCGCGCUCAUCGCCAUGGCCAUCCGCGACUCGGCGGGCGGGCGGCUCACGCUGGCGGAGAUCAACGACUACCUGAUGAGCCGCUUCCCCUUCUUCCGCGGCGCCUACACGGGCUGGCGCAACUCCGUGCGCCACAACCUGUCCCUCAACGACUGCUUCGUCAAGGUGCUGCGCGACCCGGCGCGGCCCUGGGGCAAGGACAACUACUGGAUGCUCAACCCCAGCAGCGAGUACACCUUCGCCGACGGCGUCUUCCGCCGCCGCCGCAAGCGCCUGAGCCGCGGGGCCGCGGGGCCGCCUCCCGCCGCCCAGCCGGAGCCCGCGCCCGCGGAGGACGAGGCGGCGCGGGCCGGAGGCUCCUCGCCCAAGUUCUCCAGCUCCUUCGCCAUCGAGAGCAUCCUGAGCCGGCCCUUCCAGCCCGCCGGGCGGCCGUGGCCGGCGCCGCUGCCCGGCCCCUACGCGCUUCUGCCCUACCCUCAGCCCCUCUACGCCCGCGGCGCCCUGCAGCUGCUGCCCUACGGCCGGCCUGACGCCCCCGCGCUGGAGCACGAGCCCCCGCUCCUGCCCGCCAAAGCCGGCGGCCUGCCCGCCUGCUGCCCCGCCCGCCUGCCCGGCAGCGCGGCCUCCUACCAGCCCUACCCCCGGGAGCCGCUGCUGGCCUGAGCGCCCACGGACGGAGGGGGCGCGGCGGACUGUGCCUGCUCAGGGACUGUGCCUUAGCUGCAUUUUGACACCAAAUAAAGACCCCGGAGAGGAGCGGGGCAGACUUCAACAGGAGCCAAAAUGCUGCCUCGUAUCGAGAGAGAGACUCCCACCUCCACCCCCACCGAGCAAGCACCAGCUGUGGUGGCCGCGAUGCCCUUGUGCCCUCCGGGGGGAAGGGGGUGGCUGUGCGCGGGGCAGGAGGGGGCGGGGGGAAGAGAAGCUGGAGGGUUUUUAAUGCUUCAAAUCAAUGCAUCACUGUGCCAACAGGUGCCCCCCUGCACCGCAGGGCGGCAACCUCUGCUCUGGAGGGGGGUCAAUGACUUUUCAUUAAAUUAUUUAUAACUUAAA